AUGUCCGUUCAGAGCCAGAGCUUAUCCGUAGCUGAUCAUCAUUUGCUCACCGGACGACUGGAGACGCCGGUGAGGAGUGCCGCCAGCGGCGGCGAGCGAGAUGCCGAUGAACAGCGACGCUGCUCUCGUGUCGAGUCAGAUGUGGAUGCAGCCAUGAGGAAGGUUUCAGCAGAUGAUAAAAAGAUCAUUCUGGUUGUGAUGCAUCACACCCGAGAUGUCAACUACUCAACCGGUGGGAGAAGGUGGUCUGAGACCUUCAGGAAUGUUGUCCUGGAUGUUGAUGUCCUCUUCCACGAGACUGUACCAGGACUAGUGAUCUGUGAUGAAAACAAGAAGGCCGUCUGCCAAAUACAGGAUGCUUUAGUUAAAGUACUCAACGCGGCCCUUGCCCAGGACUCCGCCGGCUCCGAGGCCCCUGCCCAGGACUCUGACGGCUCCAUGGCCCCUGCCCAGGACUUUGACGGCUCUGCGGCCCCCGCCCAGGACUCUGCCGGCUCCACGGCCCCCGCCCAGGACUCUGCCGGCUCCACGGCCCCCGCCCAGGACUCUGCCGGCUCCACGGCCCCCGCCCAGGACUCUGCCGGCUCCACGGCCCCCGCCCAGGACUCUGCCGGCUCCACGGCCCCCGCCCAGGACUCCGCCGGCUCCACGGCCCCCGCCCAGGACUCCGCCGGCUCCGCGGCCCCCGCCCAGGACUCCGCCGGCUCCGCGGACCCCGCCCAGGACUCCGCCGGCUCCAUGGCCCCUGCCCAGAACUCCGCCGGCUCCGCGGCCCCUGCCCAGAACUCCGCCGGCUCCGCGGCCCCUGCCCAGGACUCUGCUGGCUCCACGGCCCCUGCCCAGGAAUCCGCCGGCUCCGCUGUCCCUGCCCAGGAAUCCGCCGGCUCCGCUGUCCCUGCCCAGGACUCCGCCGGCUCCGCGGCCCCUGCCCAGGAAUCCGCCGGCUCCGCUGUCCCUGCCCAGGACUACGCCGGCUCCGCGGCCCGUGCCCAGGACUCAGCCGGGUCUGCGGCCCCUGGCCAGGACUCCGCCGGCUCCGCGGCCCCUGCCCAGGACUCUGACGGCUCCGCGGCCCCUGCCCAGGACUCUGACGGCUCCGCGAUCCCCGCCCAGGACUCCGCCGGCUCCAUGGCCCCCGCCCAGGACUCCGCCGGCUCCGCGGCCCCCGCCCAGGACUCUGGCGGCUCCGUGGCCCCUGCCCAGGACUCCGCCGGCUCCAUGGCCCCCGCCCAGGACUCUGACGGCUCCAUGGCCCCCGCCCAGGACUCUGACGGCUCUGUGGCCCCUGCCCAAGACUCCGACAGCUCCGCGGUCCCCGCCCAGGACUCCGCCGGCUCCACGGCCCCCGCCCAGGACUCCGCCGGCUCCGCGGCCCCCGCCCAGGACUCCGCCGGCUCCGCGGCCCCCGCCCAGGACUCCGCCGGCUCAGUGGCCCCUGCCCAGAACUCUGAAAGCUCCGCGGCCCCUGCCCAGAACUCUGACAGCUCCGCGGCCCCUGCCCAGGAUUCCGCCGGCUCUGCGGCCCUUGCCCAGGACUCUGACGGCUCUGCGGCCCCCGCCCAGGACUCUGACGGCUCCGCGGCCCCCGCCCAGGACUCCGCCGGCUCCGCGGCCCUUGCCCAGGACUCCGCCUGCUCCGCGGCCCCCGCCCAGGACUCCGCCGGCUCAGCGGCCCCUGCCCAGGACUCUGACGGCUCCGCGGCCCCCGCCCAGGACUCUGACGGCUCCGCGGCCCCCGCCCAGGACUCCGCCUGCUCCGCGGCCCCCGCCCAGGACUCCGCCGGCUCAGCGGCCCUUGCCCUGGACUCCGCCGGCUCCGUGGCCCCCGCCCAGGACUCCGCCGGCUCCAUGGCCCUUGCCCAGGACUCCGCCGGCUCAGCGGCCCCUGCCCAGGACUCUGACGGCUCUGCGGCCCCCGCCCAGGACUCCGCCGGCUCCAUGGCCCUUGCCCAGGACUCUGACGGCUCUGCGGUCCCCACCCAGGACUCUGACGGCUCUGCGGUCCCCGCCCAGGACUCCGCCGGCUCCACAGCCCCCGCCCAGGACUCCGCCGGCUCCGCGGCCCCCGCCCAGGACUCCGCCGGCUCCGUGGCCCCUGCCCAGAACUCUGACAGCUCUGCAGCCCCUGCCCAGGAAUCUGCCGGCUCCGCUGCCCCUGCCCAGGAUUCUGCCGGCUCCGCGGCCCCUGCCCAGGACUCUGACGGCUCCGCGGCCCCUGCCCAGAACUCUGACGGCUCUGCGGCCCCUGCCCAGGACUCUGACGGCUCUGCGGCCCCUGCCCAGGACUCCGCAGCCCCUGCCAACGACUCUGACGGCUGUGCAGGCCAUGCCCAGGAUUCUGCCGGCUCCGCGGCCCCUGCCCAGGAUUCCGCCAGCUCCGCGGCCCCUGCCCAGGACUCUGACGGCUCUGCGGCCCCUGCCCAGGACUGUGACGGCUCCGCGGCCCCCUCCCAGGACUCCGCCGGCUCUGCGGCCCCCGCCCUUGACUCCGCCGGCUCCGCGGCCCCUGCCCAGGAUUCCGCCGGCUCCGUGGCCCCUGCCCAGAACUCCGCCGGCUCCGCGGCCCCUGCCCAGGACUCCGCCAGCUCUGUGGCCCCUGCCCAGGACUCUGCCGGCUCCGCGGCCCCUGCCCAGGACUCUGCCGGCUCCGCGGCCCCUGCCCAGGACUCUGCCGGGUCUGCGGCCCCUGGCCAGGACUCUGCCGGCUCCGCGGCCCCUGGCCAGGACUCCGCCGGCUCCGGGGCUCCUGACGAGGAAUUUGUAAUCUUGUAA